AUGAAAGCCCACAAACUCAGAAAGCUGGCCUCUCUAGGUCGCGACAAGGCCACGGCCGGUCACCACGACUUGCUUGAUGCACAACAGAUCGUAGAGAACAUGACACUGUAUAGGCUAGAGACCGCUUUUGAGAGAUUUCCAGCGAGAGAGGUUAAACAGAUCAAUACGUGCCAGUUCGGGUUUCGGUCGGGUUUUUGUGCCUAUGCGGACGACAUUCUACUUUGGUGCGAAGGGACAACCCAAGAAGAAGUUGAUCGUAAGCUGAAGCACGCGUUGACCUUCAUUGAGACUUGGUUGUUGGACAAUGGGAUGAGCCUAGCGGAGGACAAAGAUGGGCUUGUGUAUUUCAAAGACCGUAUGACUAAACGAUUAUUAGGGGUACCAGAGUUGACUCCACUGAUAUCAUCAUACUGGAAUAAGCUCAUCAAUAGGGGUACCGUUUUCAAGUCGGUCGAUUCGGGUAGUGCGACGCUAGAUUUGUGCAAACUACUAGCUUCGCGUACUAAGUAG